CUGGCGACGGCGAUGUCGACGCGGCCGCCGCGGUUCCUCGUGCUCUACGGGAGCCUCCGCGCGGCGAGCUACUCGCGGCUCCUCGCUCUCGAGGCGGCGCGCCAGCUCGCCAAGUACGGCGCCGCGGCCAGGGUCUUCGACCCCGCGGGCCUGCCCCUCUUCUCCCAGGACGCGGGCGGCGACGACGCCAAGGUCCUCGAGCUCCGGGCGCUGGUGCGCUGGUGCGAGGGCAUGGUCUGGUGCAGCCCCGAGGUCCACGGCACGUUCAGCGCCGUCUUCAAGAACCAGGUCGACUGGAUGCCGCUGAGCGAGGGCGCGGUCCGGCCGACGCAGGGGAAGACGCUCGCGGUCAUGCAGGUCGAGGGCGGGUCCCAGUCGUUCAACACGGUCUGCGCGCUCCGCGUCCUCGGGCGCUGGAUGCGCUGCGUCGUCGUGCCGAACCAGGCGUCGAUCCCCCGCUGCCACGCGGAGUUCGCCGGCGGCGCGCUCAAGCCGGGCCCUGCGCGCGACCGCGUCGUCGACGUCGUCGACGAGCUCUUCAAGUUCACGCUCCUCGUCCGCGACCAGUCGCCCUACCUCGCGGCGCGCUACUCCGAG